AGUAGACCACGCAACCACGUAUCGCCUCUUGGCAUCCAUCCUUCUCAUCAACAUCCACUUUCUCCUCCUCACUCCUCUAAUUCGUUCAACCACUUGGUUCAUAGCUAAUCAUGUCCUGGGGCGGGUUCAAGAAGGCCGCGUCGCGCGCGGGCACGCAGCUCAUGCAGAAGACGGGGCAGGUCGAGCGUACCGUCGACCCAGAGUUUGCCGAGCAAGAGGGCCGCUACCGCACCAUGGAGAAGGAGUCCAAGAACCUCCAGAAGGACGCAAAGACGUACCUCGACGCAAUGCGCACCAUGGCUUCGGCGCAAGGACGCAUCGCCGAGACAGUGGCACUGUUCUACACCGCCGAUCGCGCAAGCGACGGCGCGAUGGCAGGGCACUCGUACAAGGCCGCCGUUGAUGAGCUCGAUGCUAUGGUCACACGUGAUCUUGAUGGGCCAUUCCGUGCGACGGUGCUGGAGCCUGUGGGCAAGCUCAACCAGUACUUUACGAAUGUGAACGCCGCAAUCGAGAAGCGGAAUCACAAGAUGCUGGAUUAUGACUCGACGCGGUCAAAGGUCCGCAAGAUGGUUGAGAAGCCGUCCGACGACACCGGAAAGCUGCCCCGCGCGCAGGCAGAGCACGACGAGGCCCGCGAGAUCUACGAGCUGCUCAACGAGCAGCUCAUUACCGAGCUUCCGCAGCUUGUUGAGCUGCGUAUCCCCUAUCUGGACCCAUCGUUCGAAUCAAUGGUGCGUUGCCAGCUGCGUUUUGCCGAGGAGGGCUACGACAAGCUCUCUGGUGUGCAGAGGUACUUCAACGACAACAUCCGCGACGAUUACGCGAACGGGCAGCUUGACGUGCACGUGGAGAAUGUGCUUGCGGAGAUGAAAGAGCUGGCCAUCUACGGCGUGUAA